UGCCGUUUAGAUCAUCGAUGGUACAAAUUCCAUAUCGAAAAGAAGGGAAAUAAUCUGGCAUUGUGUAGAAGUUUUGUGUGCCCUCGGUGCAGUUGUUAGCAGUUGCUCUCCAAUUAUCUCUGGAAAAGUACAAAACGAUACAAGCUGGGUCAAUGACACAUAGGAAAGCAGUAAACGGCAUCUCGAGUAGACUGAUUCAUUUCAAUUUGUAACUUGAAUCGAGAUGUCUGAACAAAACUCGAGCGACCAAUAUUCAAUAUGGAUUGGCCUCAUAUAUAUUUUCAACCUAAUCGUUGGCACAGGAGCUUUAACACUACCCGCUGUGUUCAGCAAAGCAGGAUGGGCUCUUGGAUUAAGUAUUAUUUUAAUAUUAGCCUUUAUAAGCUUUAUUACAAUUACAUUUGUCAUCGAGGUAAUGGCAUCUGCCAAUGCUAUAAUAACUUGGGGUCAUAUUCAACAUCGAAAACGUGUAUGUUUUUCUCAAGAUUCAUCUUUCAACGAAUCUGAAUCUGAGGUACUCCAAAAUUUAGGAGAAUCUGGUCCUUCAAAUUCAGACUCUGAAGAUACCCCACUUGUUACACCAUUCUCAACUAGUCCUGAUGAAACAAAUAUGACUUAUAGAUAUUAUAUAAUUCGUGAUAAAAUAGAAAUGGGGCAAAUGGCGUCGAUUUUUUUCAACAAGUUUGGCACAACUCUGUUUUAUCUGUGUUUUGCUAUUUAUCUUUAUGGAGAUUUGAGCAUUUACGGAGCAGCUGUUGCAAAGACCCUGGCUGAUGUUACUUGCACUUAUCAACCAAUGAAUUUAACAUGCAAUGACACAAUACCAGAUACUGAGCUUUGUUGGGAAACAUUUUCUCUGAAUCGGCACGAUGCGUAUAGGAUGUUUCUUAGUACGUUUGUUUUGUUAUUGGGGCCUUUCGUGUUUUUCAAUAUUCAGAAGACUAAAUAUCUUCAAUUGUUAACAUCAGUAAUGCGAUGGCUCGCAUUUACUAUCAUGAUUGUAUAUGCUUUAAAAAAUCUAAUCUUUCGUGGUGCACAAGGAAAUCCGCCAGCAGCAAAUGUUAUUGGUAUACCUAGUUUAUUUGGUGCCUGUAUUUAUUCUUUUAUGUGUCAUCAUUCUUUACCAGCUUUGGUUGCUCCAAUUGCAAACAAAUCUACUUUAACUCGGUUUUUGGCAUUGGAUUACUUCCUGAUAGCUUUUUUUUAUCUCUUGUUGGCAUUAACUGGAGCAUUUGCUUUUGACCAUUUGGAUGAUCUUUACACACUAGAUUUUAGCCCUCGAGGAUCUGGAGACUGUUCCAAAAGUAAUAAUAUUUUUAUUAUUCUCAUAGAAUAUUUUUUGGCACUGUUUCCGGUGUUUACUUUGAGCACUAGCUUCCCCAUUAUAGCUAUUACUCUUAGAAAUAAUCUGCAAUCUUUGUUCCUCAAUGAAGAUUUAUCCUAUUCAUGUCUUCGUAAAUUCGUCCUCCCAAUAUUGGCAAUACUGCCGCCAUAUUUAAUUGCAAUGAGCACCAAAGAUUUAUCAAUAUUGGUUGGAAUCACGGGCUCGUACGCUGGAGCUGGAAUUCAGUAUUUGAUUCCAACAUUGUUGGUGUAUUACGCCAGGCGAAAAACAAACAAAGUUAUAGGCCUUGGCGUUGUUAAUAAAUUCGCAAGUCCAUUCUCCAGUAAUUGUUGGCUCGUUUUUGUCAUAGCUUGGGCCAUUGCUUGUAUGAUUUUAGUGUCUGUCAAUUUUAUGCAAAUACAUUUGGAAUUGACAGGUGUAAAUUUAUAACAAAGAGAUGUAAGGUAUGAAAUCAAACGUAUAAAAGAGAAAAAGGAUUGUAUAAUGGUGCAAACUUAAUCAUUUUUUUUUAAAGUUUUGAAAA